AUGUCAAGUCGUUCAAAAUCUGAUGGUAAAAGUGGUAAAACAAGUGGUAAAGGUGAUCGGCAGAAGGCCAAAAAUGAUGUGGUUGAUGAAGUGAUUGGUGGUAAGGAAAGUGAAGUGGUGGUGGUGGUGGAUGAAUCAGAGAAGACCGUCGAUGGACAAAGCUGCAAGUGCUGUGGAAGGCCUGAUACAAAUGAAAUGGUGCAGUGCGACAAGUGCGAUGGAUGGCAUCACUACGAAUGCGUUGGAGUUAGUGAGGAAGUCGUCGACCAAAGCUGGAGUUGUGCCAACUGCAAGACUGCAACAUGGAACCAGCGAACAACGUCAACAUCCAACAGGGAUCUAGCGUCGAAGUGUACCAGCAACGAGCACUCACCCAAAAGUGUUUCAUCCAAAAGGAAUGUUUCUAUAGCUGCAGCGAUUAUACCAUCAAGCGGAAAUCCGGAACUGAUAAAGCCAUCAGAUCCUGCCGGAACUCACACUAUGAAUGAAUGGAGUCAAUCACGUCAAACGGAUGGAGCAAUACCGCAGAAGAGCAGAGGGACAGGAAGGAAGCUAUUUGUUCCAUCGCUGGAAGGUUUACCAGUUAUUCAACUGGAUGAAGCAUCGGAAGUCUCAUGUUCGUCAUCACAGAAGUCUGCUAGAAACCGUGCAAAAUUGAAGUUACAGCGGCUGGAAGAAGAAAUGGCUUUCGAAGAGCAGCAAGCAGAAAGACGUCGGAUAGCUGAACAGCAAGAAGCGGAGAAGCAUAGAGUAUUCAUCGAGAAGAAGUACAGAAUCUUAGAAGAACUAGCUAGCGAAAGAGGAUCUAGUCGAGUUUCCGGUAGUGACUACUCUCGGAAUCGUGUAGCGGAUUGGAUAGAGAAGGACUGUCAUUCGGAUGCGGCGCAACAAUCCCAUGGACAACCAGCACAGCAGGGGCUAGGUCAAGAAGAUCUGCUACCAGCGCAGCAGGGGUUCGGACAACGUCAACAAAAAUCCGUCAGAAUGUCGAAGUACUUCAAUCCCAACAUCCAACCUCAAUCGACUCGAAUUCAAACUGGCCAGCUUGGGGUGCCGGGUCGGGUUCCUCGAUCCCUGGUGAAUUCAACGCUCCUAGAACAUCCGACGGAAGCAGAGCAACCAGACGAACACGAUCCAUUCCAACUCUCGCGCUCCCAAAUCGCAGCAAGGCAAGCAGUGUCGAAAGAUUUGCCAACAUUUGCCGGCAACCCGGAGGAAUGGCCAAUUUUCUUUUCUAUGUACAAUAGUACAACCGCAAUGUGUGGAUUCACUGAAGAAGAAAAUCUUGUGCGGUUGCAAAGAAGCUUAAAAGGGAAAGCUUACGAAUCGGUUAAAUGCAGGUUGAUGCAUCCGGGAAACGUUCAGGGCAUAAUAAACACACUGAAGAUGCUGUACGGCCAACCAGAGAUCAUCGUACACUCGUUGAUUUGUAAGAUCAGCUCUCUACCGCCCAUCCGCGAAGAUCGCCUCGAGACAUUGGUGGACUUCGCCGUGAGUGUGCAGAAUUUCUGUGCGACGGUGGAAUCGUGCGGCCUAGACGACUACAUGUACAAUGUAACUCUUCUGCACCAGCUUAUUGGAAAACUACCUCCAUCGAUUAAGCUGAACUGGGCUCAGCAUCGUAAAGCUCAACCGGCAGUCAACUUGGCGACUUUCAGUAAGUGGAUCUACUCUUUGGCGGAAGCAGCAAGCACGGUUACGUUUCCAAUGGAAUCUUUGCAGGCGAAACUAACUCGAAACGAUGUUCGACGCAACCGAAAAGGUGAAGCAUAUCUCAAUGCGCAUACAGAAACACAGGAAAAGUAUGAUGUGACCCCUAAAUCGUCUUCCAAAGCACCUGAAACAUUUGCUGCGCCGGUGGUGAAAGAAAACUGUCUGGUGUGCCAAGGAACGUGUAAGUCAGUGGACAAAUGCAAACGGUUCUUGGAGCUUUCCAGAGACUCCAAAUGGGCGGUCAUUCGUGAGUUUGGUCUUUGUCGAACAUGUCUCCGUCGGCAUAAAGGAUCUUGUAGAGCAAAACCGUGCGGCAAGGACGGGUGUUACUUCAGACACCACGAGCUAUUACACAACGAGCAGAAGAGAAAGUUUCACAGUAACAGUGCAAAGACCGGAAAUUCCCAAUCUCCCCAAUCAACAGCAAGCGGCGCUGAGCUUGGGUGUAACACACACCAAACGGCAUCUAGUCCAGUCCUUUUCCGCUACCUUCCAGUUGCGUUAUCAGCGCCGAGCACGACGAUCUACACUUAUGCCUUCCUUGAUGAAGGCUCAGGAGCAACGCUGAUCGAUCAAGAUCUUGCCGACGAGCUACAACUGGAUGGAACACCGAGCCCAAUAUGUCUACGCUGGACGGGUGGCACUGAGCGGUGUGAGAAGAACUCGUGCAUCGUUCGUCUACAAGUUGCCGGACGGCAGAAAGGAGCAGAGAAGUUCACAUUGGAGGACGUGCAAACGGUCAGCGAGCUGCUGCUGCCGUUACAGAACCUAGACAUAGAUGAACUGAGGCGAUCGUACCGUUUCCUGGAAGGAUUGCCCAUCGCAUCAUAUCGCAAUGCACGUCCUCGCAUUCUGAUCGGAACAAAGCAUGCGCAGCUGGGUUUAACUCUCAAGAGUCGCGAAGGAGAAUUCGGUGAACCGAUUGCAACCAAAACUCGUCUAGGCUGGACCGUGUGUGGCAAUCUAGGAUCCGGAGAUGCUUCGAGCAUGUUUCAUUACAGCUUCCACGUGUGUUCGUUAAACGAACGGCCGAACGACAAUCUGCAUCAGACGAUGAAGGAUUAUUUCUCCCUUGACAGCCUGGGAAUUAGUUCAUCAAAACCGCUUCUGUCGGCCGAAGAUGAGCGAGCCGAAAUGCUUUUGAGGUCUCUCACACGCUUCUCAGAAGGCCGCUAUGAGACUGGUCUGCUCUGGCGCUAUGACAACGUCCGUCUGCCAGAUAGCCGACCGAUGGCUCUGCGUCGCCACAGAUGCUUGGAGAAACGAAUGGCGAAGGAUCCCAAUCUCGCAGAAAUAUUACAUCAGAAGAUCGUCGACUACGCCGUCAAGGGAUACAUUCGUAAACUUUCCGAAGAGGAAGUGCAGCAGCAAUCCACCGACAUUUGGUUCCUGCCCGUCUUCCCGGUAACAAAUAUCAAUAAACCCGGAAAAGUUCGCAUAGUAUGGGAUGGUGCGGCCGAGGUCCAUGGAGUCUCGUUAAAUUCUGUCCUCUUGAAGGGUCCCGAUCUGCUAUGUUCUCUGCUUGGCAUACUGUUACGCUUCCGACUGCAUCCUGUUGCGGUAACGGGAGAUAUUCGCGAGAUGUUCCAUCAAGUGAACAUUCGGCAGGAAGAUCAGCAAUACCAAUGCUUUUACUGGACGGGUGAAACCGGCGAACUGGCGGUGUAUGUCAUGACGGUGAUGACCUUCGGAGCGUGCUGCUCUCCUAGCAGUGCGCAGUAUGUCAAGAAUGUUAACGCGGAGCGUUUCAAAAUGAAGUAUCCAGCAGCAUGUGCAGCAAUUAUCAAGUCGCAUUACGUCGACGAUAUGCUGAUCAGCUUUGCGACGGAAGAAGAAGCGAUCCAGGUAGCCAAGGAUGUUCGACAUGUGCACGCGCAGGGCGGAUUUGAGAUCCGCAAUUGGAUUAGUAAUUCCAGAGAAGUUGUAGAUGCGCUGCAAGAACACAAUGCCGAUGAAGAGAAGAGCCUAGACCUAUCAGCAGAAUUGGCCACUGAGAAGGUUCUAGGAAUGUGGUGGAAUACGGUAGCUGAUGCUUUCACCUACAAGAUCGGCUGGAAGCGCUUUGAUGGCUUAUUACUUGAGGGUGGACGACGUCCUACAAAGCGGGAACUACUACGGAUUCUGAUGACCAUAUUCGACCCGCUUGGACUUAUCGCUCACUUUCUCGCCUAUCUGAAAUUUCUGCUGCAGGAUGUCUGGCGAUCCGGAAUAACAUGGGAUGAAGGAAUCGACGACGACGUGUUUGAAAAAUGGCGGAAGUGGCUCAGCGUUCUGCCGCAUGUAGAAGAAGUCAAGAUUCCUAGAUGUUUCUGGCCAGGACAUCCUAUCAAUGAAGCCGACGAGACUCAGCUUCACACCUUUGUCGACGCUGGUAAAUGUGGGAUGGCAGCGACAUGCUUCCUACGGUUCAUGAAGAACGGAGAGACCUAUUGUUCACUCGUCACCGCCAAAGCUAGAGUGGCUCCUCUGAAAUUAACAUCGAUCCCUCGGUUGGAGCUACAAGCAGCGGUCAUUGGCACACGACUAUCGAAAACGGUGCUUGAUACGUUGUCUAUCCGGAACAUGAAGAGGUUCUACUGGUCCGACUCACAAGACGUCUUAUGCUGGAUCAACUCCGACCACCGGCGUUACAGCCAAUUCGUCGGUUUCCGCAUUACUGAGAUACUGGAGUCCACCGAACCUCACGAAUGGCGAUAUAUACCUAGCAAACUGAACGUAGCCGACGAUGCUACCAAGUGGGACGGGCUUCCUGAUCUUUCUAUUAGAAGCAGAUGGUUUCGAGGCCCGAAUUUUUUGUGGGAAGACGAAGAGAAAUGGCCAUCAUCUACCAAACGCGAUAAUUCGACGAACACCGAGCUGCUGACAACUCUGUUGGUUCAUCACACGUCUCCGGAACCGAUCAUUUGCCUUCAAAACUUUUCCAACUGGAAGCGUUUGCUGCACGUAAUGGGACUGGUGCUGCGGUUCAUCACGAACUGUCGUCUGAAAUUACAACAAAGAACCAUCAACAGAGAACCUUUGAACAACGGUGAACUCCGUACAGCUGAAGCACAACUGAUACGAAUCGCACAAGAAGACGGAUACCCGGAAGAGUUUCAUAUACUACACAGUAACUUAGAACGCCCCACAGAGCCAGCUAAACUACUUCCUAGAUCAAGCCUGUUGUACAAGCUUACGCCGUGGAUCGAUGAUCGCGGCAUUAUGCGAAUGAAGACGCGUAUCGCUGCGUGUCAGUUCGCCACCGAAGAUGCGUAUUCUUGCCCCACUCUACUCUAUAGGUCUCCGGUCCUCCUAUGA